AUGCUGCUUUAUCGCGCGGCGAUGGUUGCUGUGGCCACGUUUUCCGACGCAGGGAGCUCGAGUGCUGGUAAUGCUGAGUGCGCUAUCUACAAUGCGCCUUUGUGCCACCCUGGUACAAUCGAGAUUUUCGUGAAGCGGUUCACAGCCAAGACUGGUGAUCCAACCAAGGCAUUGAAUGUGUGGCUCGUUCAGGGCGGCCCUGGGUAUUCGUCUACCACACUGGAACCGACGAUGCUUGAUUUGUACAAUCAAUUACAAGGAAAAGUGAACGUGUACACAAUGGACCAUCGUGGUACUGGCCGUAGUACCCGCUUCGACUGCGCUGCCAUGCAUAAGGCAGCUUCGGGAUCGGGGUCAGGUGGCCAGAUGAGCCCGUUAGAAGUUGCUUCGUGCGCAAAGGAACUACAGUUCAAGUAUGGAGAUCUGUCUUCGUUUUCCAUGACCAGUGCUGCUACCGACGUUGCCAAUUUCAUCUCCGAGUACACGAACCGUGAGAACACUAUCGUAUACGGUGUGAGUUACGGAACAGCCUUGGUGGAACGACUCAUGCAUUUGAAUACACCGAUGGUGUCCGGCUACGUCCUUGACGGUAUUGCCACAACAUCAGGAGCAUCGGCGGAUCCAUUUCCUUACAUAUCGUUUUGGGACAUCGACUACGGUGAAGUGGGAGACUCUUUUCUCGACUUGUGCGAUCAAACUAAAGCAUGCAGCCGGUACUUCAAGUCAGAAACGUUGUCUUCAACAUUGCUCCGAGUAUUUAGGAAUGUUGACAAAAAUCCCAGCUCGCCGUGCGCUCAGCUACUAAUUUCAACGGAUACGGGACACAAUCAGACUAGCGAGCCUCCAUCGUUCUCUCUCCGUCGAAUUUUCGGAUUGCUACUGGUAUUUUCUUACAUGAGAACGCUUAUUCCACCGGUUGUUCACAGGUUUAACCGGUGUGCACCAGAUGAUGUUAAAAUUUUGACUGAACUCACAUCGAGUCUUAAAUCCUCUACAAAGACCCAAGACGACGCAUACAAAUCAAUGCUGUUGUAUUAUCUUAUUAUUUUCUCGGAAAUGUGGGAAACACCUGCGCAUUCCAGCCAAACUAUGAGAAAACGAUUUGCGGACACGAGAAUCUCCGAUGGAGGAUUUUACGAAGUGGAUGGUGGCGGUAUUUACAGGUUGAAUUCGCUGUAUUGCGCUUUCUCUAAAGAGACUUCUCCUGCUUGCAAUGGACUCAAAGGGGGAAAUUAUACCUCAAAUGCCAUCAUAUACGAACGUGACGAAUACUGGAACAAAAGUGCAAUAAUUCCAAACCAAGCAAGUGUUUUGUUACUCAGUGGCAAGUUAGACCCGCAGACGCCACACAAGUAUGCCGAGUAUCUGCUCGAAGUAUUGGAUGGUGAAAACAAGGAGCUCAUUGCUUUUGACUAUGCUGCCCAUGGUACUGUUAUACCCACCCAGCACGUGGAGAGGGACUCGGAUAGCGAGAUGUGUGGAAUGAAGCUGCUUGCAUCGUAUGUCAAGAAUUCUGGAGAUCUAGCCCUUCUUGACAAGACGUCUCUGGAUAAGAUGCUGAGAUUUAAUUGGACGAUUCCGACAGAUUAUCUGUACGGCUACUUCGGCACCGAUGAACCAUACAAUGGCGCGUACAUCCCGAGCGCGAGUACGCAAUACUCUGACGAGUGA